AUGCUUCUCAGAUUCCGAGGUCCUGAUGGGAUGUACAGGGUGACAGUUGAGCCUGCAGAUACGUUCGCAAAGCUUGGAGAGAAGUUAACUGCCAUACUGCCAUCGACGGUAGACUUUGCCACACUGGCGCUUUCGAACCAGCCUGCAGGAGGAGACAGCAAACUACUGAAAGAAAUUUCAAGACAUAAAGUUUCUCAGAUCGGGUUGAGUCAUGGCGAUGUUGUUUUCAUAAGCUAUAAAAUAAUGGGCGAACUGUCAAAUGGAAAUGCAAACGGCAACGUAUCGUCCCACUCGACCUCCAGCAUCAUCUCAUCAACAAACCGCCUCAACGGACAUGCUAUCCUCCCAACAGAAGACAUUCCUAUCGACCCACUACCAGUCACCUCACCAUCCGAGAAGGUCAAAAAUCCAUGGGAAACAGUGGUACAGCUGGCGGUGGAUGAUAGACUGGACAAGCAGAACGGAAAGAUUCCUCGGAAACGAGAUGUGAAGAUGUGCAGACACGGAGAGAAGGGCAUGUGCGACUACUGCAUGCCAUUGGAGCCAUUCAACGCGGAAUACCUAGCGGAGAAGAAGAUCAAAAACCUAUCCUUUCACUCUUACUUACGAAAGAUUAAUUCUGCCACCAACAAACCAGAAUCCGGUACAUCGUUCAUGCCACCGCUGACCGAACCCUACUAUCGAGUCAAGCGUGACUGUCCUUCUGGACAUCCCCAAUGGCCGGAAGGAAUCUGUACAAAAUGCCAACCAAGUGCUAUCACCCUCCAACCACAGCCUUUCCGAAUGGUUGAUCACGUCGAAUUUGCGAACCCUGGCCUGAUCGAGAAUCUCUUGAACUUCUGGCGACAAUCUGGGUCACAGCGUGUUGGUUAUCUUUAUGGCAGAUACACGGAAUAUACAGAGGUACCUUUAGGCGUCAAAGCUGUUGUUGAAGCCAUCUAUGAGCCUCCUCAAAUCAAUGAGAUUGAUGGAGUUACUUUGUCAGAGUGGACCGACGAAGAGAAGGUUGAUGAGAUGGCCAGACUAUGUGGACUACAGAAAGUCGGAAUCAUCUGGACGGAUCUUUUGGAUGCUGGUGCAGGAGACGGGUCCGUCAUCUGCAAGAGACAUAUCGACUCAUACUACCUGUCAUCUCUAGAAAUUGCUUUUGCAGGUCGUCUCCAAGCACAGCACCCAAAGCCCACGAAAUGGAGCGACACAGGAAGAUUCGGGUCUAAUUUUGUCACAUGUGUAGUAUCCGGGGACGAGAAGGGACAGAUUGCUAUUUCGGCGUACCAAGUGUCGAACUCAGCUGUGGAAAUGGUUCGGGCGGAUAUUGUCGAGCCAUCAGCCGAUCCUACGGUCAUGCUUGUACGAAGCGAAGAGGAAGACGAUGGAUCUACGAGCCGCACUCGUUAUAUCCCCGAAGUUUUCUACCGUCGAAUCAAUGAGUACGGAGCUAGUGUGCAAGAAAACGCUAAGCCAUCCUUCCCAGUUGAAUAUCUCCUUGUCACCUUGACGCAUGGAUUCCCAGAUCAACCCAAACCGUCCUUCAUUGCAAGUCCUGGUUUCACAAUCGAGAACCGCCUUGCUUUGGGACAAGAACAAGAGCACAAGACAGUUGCUCAGCGCCUUGGAGUGGACAGAAAUGGCGAAGUGCGGCCUGAACAAGCACUCCAAGCUUUGUCAGAUUUCCACCUACUGUGCUACCUCAAUUUCUCCCUGUCCACGAUGGAAAAGGACGAGCAGGCACUGAUGUGCCGUGUUGCCACUCAGCACGAUCCGGCCGAGGGAUACCAGCUCUUAUCUACACCUGGAUGGGCAACUUUGAUUGCAAUUUUGGCAUCGAUUGGUGAGAGACCCCCUAAAAGACCAUCUCCCGAUGACGGUGAUCACUUCAGUGAGCGUCUUGCUAAGAGGGUUGGCGGGGUAAGGCUAGAAUAA